CGGCGCCCGCGCCGCCCCCGCCCGCCCCCGACGAGUUGGUGCUCAGCUCGACGCCCGGCUCCGCGUCGGCCAGCUCCGGGGGCGGCGGCGGCGGAUCCCAGAUCGUCGUCGGCUCCUCGCAGAGCGGUACCGGGUCCAACUCCUCGGACAAGGGCCAGAACAUCGAGUGCGUCGUCUGCGGUGACAAGUCCAGCGGCAAGCACUACGGCCAGUUCACUUGCGAAGGUUGCAAAAGCUUUUUCAAGAGAAGCGUUCGGCGCAACCUUACGUACUCGUGUCGCGGAAGCCGGAACUGUCCCAUCGACCAACACCACCGCAACCAGUGCCAAUAUUGCCGCCUCAAGAAGUGUCUCAAGAUGGGCAUGAGGAGAGAAGCCGUGCAGCGGGGGCGUGUGCCGCCCACGCAGCCCCCGGGGCUGCCGGGCCAGCUGGCGCUGACGAACGGCGACGCGGCGGCGGCGGCGGCGGCGGCGGCGGGCUUCAACGGCCACUCCUACCUGUCCAGCUACAUCUCGCUGCUGCUGCGCGCCGAGCCGUACCCCACGUCGCGCUACGGCCAGUGCAUGCAGCCCAACAACAUCAUGGGCAUCGACAACAUCUGCGAACUCGCCGCCCGACUCCUCUUCUCCGCCGUCGAGUGGGCGCGGAACAUACCCUUCUUCCCCGACCUCCAGGUGACGGACCAGGUGGCGCUGCUGCGGCUCGUGUGGAGCGAGCUGUUCGUCCUGAACGCGUCGCAGUGCUCGAUGCCGCUGCACGUGGCGCCGCUGCUGGCCGCCGCCGGCCUGCACGCCUCCCCCAUGGCGGCCGACCGCGUCGUCGCCUUCAUGGACCACAUACGGAUCUUCCAGGAGCAGGUCGAGAAGCUCAAGGCGCUGCACGUCGACUCCGCCGAAUACUCCUGCCUCAAGGCCAUCGUCCUCUUCACCACAGACGCGUGUGGCCUGUCGGACGUAGCGCACAUCGAGGGCCUGCAGGAGAAGUCGCAGUGCGCGCUCGAGGAGUACUGCCGCACGCAGUACCCCAACCAGCCGACGCGCUUCGGCAAGCUGCUGCUGCGCCUUCCCUCGCUGCGGACGGUCAGCUCGCAGGUGAUCGAGCAGCUGUUCUUCGUGCGGCUGGUGGGCAAGACGCCCAUCGAGACGCUGAUCCGGGACAUGCUGCUGAGCGGCAGCAGCUUCAGCUGGCCCUAUAUGUCCACCAUGUGACACAGCGUCUGGCGGCAGCUGGCCUCGGCCUAGCCCCCCUGCUGCUGGCGCUGAGAUCACGCUGAGAAGCCGACGGAAGCCGGCGGAGCGGCCGCCCGUGCUGACGUCACUGGGGACCCGCCGCGCGCGCUCAGACCGAGCGUCCACCGCCGGUGCCGGGACGCUGGGUGCGCUGGAGGGGCGCCGUCGUGGCAUCGCUGUGGCCUCUGUGGCUCAGCGUGGGGACGCAGCAAGCUCGCGAGCUGUAGCCGCGACUACCUGGUUGUCUAGCUUCCAGUAUCCUUCCGUAAGGACGACAUCGGCAACUGCUGUAACUACUGUUCUAGUGAUCAUCCCCGUUACUGGCAACUCAUUGGUUCCUAUACUUGUCCGUACACCAAAGCGUGAUCUCCCCUUCUUGUCCGUGAAUUUAAAAGUAAUGCUUUGAAAAAAACAUUCUUCAAUUAUCGUUUCCAUUACUAACGCAACAUUUUCCACAAUGUAGCUAACAAAAUCUUUUUAAAUGUCUCAUACCUUAGUCAUCUGUCUACAUUGCUAUAGUAUUUUAUUUACUGCGCUAUUAAUUUGUUCUCCUACUCUAAGAGAAUAAGUAGCAUUACCGCGGAAAAUAUAUUUUGGGAUGUUCAGUAGAACUGACUCUUUCCGUUUCUCUUUCAACUACACGUUCUUUCAACUGCCGACCUAGUCGUCUUCGUCUGGUGCUGCGAGCGAUGAUCUCAGGUGUGCUCACUGUUCCUCUCACUUGUAUUUUUCUGGUCGGAGUGCAAGCGGCAGCACCUCACGAAGGCCACUAGCUCGGCCGUCGAAAUAUGCUUAGAAAAAUAGAAUUGUUAACCCCCGGGAAUGUAUCUUCCGUCUACUAAAUUGUGCCAGUCUAGAGACAACAUUGUAUCGGAUGGUCUGGCAUUAAAUAUAGCUACAUGUCACCUAUUUUUUAUACCAAUCUCUGAAUGUUAUUUGGUAGUCCAUCACAUAAAAUAGAACACAAACAUUUGUUAACAAAGUAAUUCAGACUCCUGUCACUAUUGCCUUUUGUUGGAUCAUGCUGGUGUCCGAGUCAGUGAAAUUCAUUUUCGGUUUAAGUUUGCAGGCAAUGUGUUCUUAAGUUCAUAGAGUGAAUACCUCCUAAGUACAAAAUAAUUAGCGUGUACUUAAAAGAAGCAACAGCAAGUUUGUUUUUUUUUUUU